UUCGAUUGUUGCGCCCUUUGCUCUAGUUGAAGGUUCUAAGCAAGUGCAGGAGUCUGAGCGGCCUUGCGAGGCACCAAGGCGCUGUCCCGUCCAACCCGGGCCUGAUAUCUGCCCGGCGGUCCCCGCCUUACCUCCGUCGGACCUGGCCAUGCUGCCCAACACGGGGAAGUUGGCUGGAUGCACUCUUUUUAUAACAGGUGCAAGCCGUGGCAUUGGAAAAGCGAUUGCCUUGAAAGCAGCAAAGGAUGGGGCAAAUGUCGUUAUAGCUGCUAAGACGGGAGUACCACAACGCACACUCCCAGGAACAAUCUAUACUGCUGCAGAAGAAAUUGAAGCAGCUGGAGGAAAGGCUUUACCAUGUAUUGUUAAUGUAAGGGAAGAAGAUCAAAUUGCAGAUGCAGUGGUCCUGGCAGUUCAGAAAUUUGGAGGAAUUGAUGUUCUUGUUAACAAUGCAAGUGCUAUUUCUUUGACUGGCACACUGGAGACACCUACAAAAAAAGUGGACCUUAUGAUGAGCGCUAACACAAGAGGAACUUACCUUACAUCUAAAAUAUGCCUUCCUUAUUUGAAAAAGAGUAAGAUUGGUCAUAUCCUUAAUAUCAGCCCACCUAUCAAUUUAAAUCCUAUCUGGUUCAAAAAUCAUUGUGCAUAUACCAUUUCUAAAUAUGGAAUGUCCAUGUGUGUGCUGGGAAUGGCAGAAGAAUUUAGAGGAGAAGUUGCUGUUAAUGCUUUAUGGCCUCAAACAGCUAUAUACACCUCUGCGAUGGAUAUGCUGGGAGGAGCUGGUGUGGAAAAACAAUGCAGGAAAACGGACAUUCUAGCAGAUGCUGCCUAUUGUAUUUUAUCAAAGCCAAAACAUUUCACAGGGAACUUCCUUAUUGAUGAAGUUUUAUUGAGAGAAGAAGGAAUUAAGAAUUUUGAUGUGUAUGCGGUUGCUCCAGGUUAUCCUUUGAUACCGGAUUUCUUUUUAGAUGUGGAUCCUGAUACGAUAGCAAUGAAAAUGGAAGCACAAGGAGCUUCUCCAACCUUCAAAGAAGGAAAAAAACAAGAUAUUGCCAAAAACGAAGGUCCUGAUAAAACAAAGGCUGAAGGUCCUGACCGAAACAAACAACAUGUGCACUUUGCUGCAGAAAAACCAGCAGGGCCUGUUGCUGAAACAUUUAAGCUUAUAAAAGGAAUGAUAAACGAAGAUAUUGUAAAGGCAACUCAAGGAGUUUAUCAGUUUGAAUUAUCUGGUGAAGAAGGAGGAACAUGGUACAUUGAUCUUAAGAACAAAAGCGGCAGUGCAGGAAGUGGUGAGCCACCUGGAAAGGUUGAUGUGAUUAUGAGCAUGUCUGGUAGUGACUUUGUAAAAAUGUUUUCAGGCAAACUAAAGCCAACUAUGGCUUUUAUGUCUGGAAAGCUGACAAUCAGGGGUGAUGUGGCCUUGGCAAUCAGAUUGGAAAAACUGAUGGGUCAGUUCAAUGCAAAACUUUGAAAAUAAACGGCGGAAUUUGGUGUCACACUGAACUUUCAAUAAAUACGUAAUGCUUUGCUGUUGAAGACAAUAAUGUCUGUUAUUUAGCAUAUUUUGAUUUAAUGCAUAAUUUCCCAGUUAGAUUAUAUUUGCACAAUAACUGGACCGUUCCUAACCUGAUUUGCUUGGAAUUAAAGACGAUUGAUUAAAGCAUAUAUUUGCUUUGAAGUGAUCACGGUGGGGCACACCUGAUAAGAAUUAAUGGAUCAUCAACUUGCAUAAAACACUGAUUUGUUUUAAUCAGGCAAUGAGUAUUUCUAUUUUAGAAUAGACAAUAUUACCAUUUUGUUUUGUUUUUUUCUGAGAUUUCUGUUUUUCUAAAUCUGAGAAGCUAUAAGCAAGAACUUUAAUACUAUGCAGGAAAAAUCAGUUGUUUGUUUUGGUGAUUUUUAAAAAACUUGAUGGAAGUGCAAAUUUUUGUAAACCAGUGGAUAAAUUCUGGCAAUUUCUGUUUUUUCCACAUUAUUAAUGCUUUGGAAGCACAGGUGUCGUAUAGAAAUUUUCUCAUAGGUUUCAAUAAUUAAAUGUAAAAUCUUUGGCAUUUUGUUAAGUUUUAACUCUCUGGAACCAAUCUCAAGUACUCAGAGAUUAACAAUCAAAAGAUUUCUAUGUCCUUAUCAGAUUGCCUCAUAUACUAUUUUAGAAUAAUACCUUUUUAAAUAUACUGGCUGCUAUGAACACUUGAUUCCUGUAACUGUAACUAUAGAACUAGUUGAAAUAAAACAUGGUUAUGUGUGUAUGCCUGGUUAACUGCAGGGCUUAUAUAUCAUGCAUGAUUUGUUUCUAAACACUUCACCAAUAAACUGAAGCUGCAGAAUGAGGAAAUGAUA